AUGGGAGGCAGAGUAGAGGAGAAGGCGGGAGGUCCGAGUGAAGUGGCCCCUGCCAAGCGACAUCAGGUGUCGAGGGCGUGUGAACCCUGCCGAAGGAAGAAGCUCAAAUGUGAGGACACGCGGCCUUGCUCUCGCUGUGUUCGCAAGGGAACAAUGUGCUCAGGGCCGAUGCUCUCUGCGGACGUCAUCGAGGAUGACAACCAGAAGGUCAAGGGGGGGCAUGUCAAAGGUGAAGCCUUCGCUAUCGGGGAGAACAAGUUCCUUCCGUUCAAUGAGUCGCACCUCAACCGCAGGAGAGUUCAAGUUGCUCAAGCCUGCGUUCCCUGCAAGCGAUCCAAGGUGAAGUGCGAUGAUGUCCGCCCGUGCUCUCGCUGUGUCAAAGAAGGCCCGGUGAUGAUUCGAGCCUGCUCACAAGGCCUCGGGAGCUUGGAGGGCUUCCAGGCUCAUGUGGUUUCUGCUCGUCCAGUCGGUCGACGAGUUCCCUCAAGCUGUGAGCGAUGUAGACGAUCGAAGCUCAAGUGCGACAUGGAGCGGCCAUGCCGCAACUGCGUCAGCCAUGGCGAUAGCAUUAAGUGCAUAGACUCGAGCCUGGCGAUCAUCAAUGGAGACACAAAUCAAGUUGUGCAAGACCCUCAGAAGCCGCCAACAUCCUUCAGCCGGUUGGAGUUGUUGCUGCAGGCGAGUGAGGCCGACUGGUCUGCAAGCGAUGAGGCAGAGAAGGCACGCACGCAAGCAAUGGAAGCAGAGAACGCAAGAGCAGCAGUGCCAGCCUCGUCGGAUUUGACGAUGCUGGAGAAGCUGGUCAGUCUGACCUCACAACUCGUAGAGGGAAAGUUUGAUGGAGAAGGCAAACAAGCUCCUUCAAACGAGCGCCGCAUCUCGAUAUCUCAGAUAUGUGAUCAAUGA